CUCCAAGUCACGUGAGAGCGCUGAGUGGGCGGGACAGGACUGGUCACAUGAUGACGCUUCCUCCAAGUCACGUGAGAGAGCUGAGCGCCCCCGUACACCGGGCAGGAUCAGCAGUGGUCAUUCUUUACAUGGAACAGUAGAGGGCGCUGAGACGAUGAGCCCAUAGACCCGUGCUGUGUACGGAGGCUGCGCAUGCUGAGCUCUCCACAAUGGCUGACACCGCACCAGAGCCCGACCCGGAGCUGGAGCAGAUCCGCCUGAAGAGCGCCCGAGAGGAGAAGUUCAUCCCGGUUCCGGAGAGGGACAGGCUCGGCCGAUGUCGCAGUGUGAAAGAGUUUGAAAAGUUAAAUCGAAUUGGUGAAGGGACUUAUGGCAUUGUGUAUCGUGCCAGAGACACCACCAACAAUGAGAUUGUGGCGCUGAAGAAAGUGAGGAUGGAUAAAGAGAAGGACGGAAUCCCGAUCAGCAGUCUGCGGGAAAUCACGCUGCUUUUAAAGCUGCGGCACCCCAACAUAGUGGGGCUCAAGGAAGUGGUGGUGGGAAAUCACCUGGAGAGCAUUUUCCUGGUGAUGGGUUACUGUGAACAGGACUUGGCAAGCCUACUAGAGAACAUGCAGACCCCCUUCACAGAAGCCCAGGUAAAGUGCAUCUGUUUCCAGCUCCUCACCGGUCUUCAGUAUCUGCAUGAGAGCUUUAUAGUGCACAGAGACCUGAAGGUGUCCAAUCUACUGAUGACCGAUAAGGGAUGUGUGAAGAUCGCUGACUUUGGUCUCGCUCGUGCAUACAGCGUUCCUGCAAAGCAGAUGACUCCUAAAGUCGUGACUCUCUGGUAUCGAGCGCCUGAGCUGCUGUUUGGAAGUACGACGCAAACGACCGCCAUCGAUAUGUGGGCUGUGGGCUGUAUCCUGGCUGAGCUUCUGGCUCACAAGCCAUUAUUACCGGGAUCUUCAGAAAUCCAUCAGAUCGAUCUUAUUAUGCAACUUCUGGGGACCCCAAAUGAGACCAUCUGGCCGGGUUUUACUAAGCUGCCUCUGGUUGGUCAGUACACGGUCCGCAAACAGCCGUACAACAACCUGAAACACAAGUUCCCCUGGCUGUCGGAGGCCGGCCUGCGCCUGCUCAACUUCCUCUUCAUGUAUGACCCAAAAAAGAGAGCCACAGCUGAGGACAGUCUGGCCAGUUCCUACUUCAAGGAGAAGCCUCUACCUUGUGAACCGCAACUGAUGCCGACGUUCCCGCAUCACCGAAACAAGAGAAUGAGCAGCGCCGGCGGGGACAGCCAGGCCAAACGCUGCAAACCGUGAAACGACAUACGUGUGAAGAAGAGUGGAGCCGCCAUGUUUUCCAGUGCUGCGGUGUGAAUGAGGACUGCCUGAUAUCUGGAAGAUGUCUCUGCAGUAAGAGUAAUGGGUACUGGUAAUGCCAGAAUAGCAAUAACAAUGUUUCAUCUGGGGGGCCGAGUCCUUCUGGUCCCCCCCUGACAAGGACUGUGAGAAUGUGGGGUGCUGGGGUUGCUACCCUCUGGAAGGACAGAUAUUCAUAGGGGGAGAUCUGUGACUGUUUCUGAUGCCCACCAAGGCCCUUCAACCAACUACUGUAGAUUGUUGAGCUUUAUGUUGGAUUCCCUGGGCAGGUGCAGCAUUGGACCCCCUUCUUCUGCCUCCAGUGAUCAUGGAGAGCGAACCAAAGAAUGGCGUUCCCUACACUUGUCCCUCGUGUGUAUCGGGAUGGAUGGAUCGGGAUGGAUGAUGAAUGCGCUCUGCAGAUCAGGGAAGGGGGAAUCUGGCCGCUCACCAGGACUGCUCAGUGCUGAGAAUUCUCUGACUUAAGUAGGGACGGUCAGACAUGGAGGACGUGUUGCAUGAACUGGCGGUAAUGUCACAAUGUCCGGACUGCCCCGGAUAAUAAAGUUUUUAUUCCUUGACA